AUGGCUGAUUCUCUUGAUUGUCGUAGGUGUGGUGAAGCUCCUGAGUCCAUUGUUCAUGUUCUUCGAGACUAUUUUCAUGCUAGAAAGCAGCAAGGUAGAGUAAAAUGGAUUCCUCCCAGUCAUGGUCACUUGAAGAUUAAUGUAGAUGGAUCGGUGAAUGCAGAUAAAGGGUUGGCUGGCUUUGGAGGCUUAAUUUUAAACGAUAAAGGGUCCUUUAUUGCUGGGUUUCAUGGCAGCACUCCCCCUUGCACUCCCUUAGUUGCUGAAUUGUGGGCUAUUUUUUGGGGGGUUACCCUGGUUAAAUGCAAAGUUGAUUCUAAUUAUUUGAAUCCUCAUAACCAGAUCAGGUGGUACCUUCCCCCUGCAAGGCAAUUUAAGCUGAAUGUGGAUGGAUCUGUCUCAAAAUCUGGGCUUGAUGCUGGAUGUGGAGGCUUAAUCAAAGAUGCUAAAGGAGAUUUUGUGAUUGAAUUUCAAAGUAGUUUAGAACCUUGUUCUCCCCUAACUGCUUAG